AUCAACUUCUCGCCGUCGCCUCCUUCCUUCCUUCCUUCAUCGGUAUUCAUUCUUCUCACGGCGGCGCAUUCCAAUCCACGAACACUCUCUAAAUCCGUCGUUAGGAUGAUCACCGCACGAUGGUUAACCUCUUCUCACAGUCACUGAAAGUGGCGAAGAUGAGUCUAGGUGCGGCAGAGGACGAUUCGGCAUCGGAAAUCCAUCUUCCAGCCGAUAUUGAUUGGGAGAUGCUGGACAAAUCCAGGUUCUUCUUCCUCGGUGCCGCCUUAUUCUCUGGUGUAUCAGCUGCUCUAUACCCAAUGGUUGUUCUCAAGACCCGUCAGCAGGUCUCUCUUGGCCAGAUUUCAUGUUUAAAGACCGCAUUUUCUAUCCUCAGGCACGAAGGACCAAGGGGAUUCUACAGCGGUUUCGGGACUUCAUUAAUGGGUACAAUCCCAGCCCGAGCACUGUACAUGGCUGCCUUAGAAGUUACGAAAAGCAGUGUUGGAACCCUCUCUGUAAAGAUAGGUUUCUCUGAGACUACUUCCACCACUGUUGCAAACGCUGCAGCUGGGUUGAGUGCAGCCAUGGCUGCUCAAAUGGUUUGGACACCGAUUGAUGUUGUGAGUCAAAGGUUAAUGGUUCAAGGUGGGUAUAAAAAUCCACCUGUUAAAGAGGUUCAAAAUACGUAUAGAUAUAAAGGCGGAAUUGAUGCGUUUCGUAAGAUUAUACAUUCUGAUGGCUUUAGAGGACUAUACAGAGGGUUUGGGAUUUCCAUUUUGACAUAUGCACCGUGUAAUGCAGUUUGGUGGGCAAGUUACUCAAUGACUCAUAGGCAUAUAUGGGGCGGUAUUGGGUGUUAUUGUUGCACGAAAGAUGAAAUAAAUGGCGGGUCUAAACCAGAUUCAAGGGCGGUUGUGGUAGUUCAGGGUGUUAGUGCUUCCAUUGCUAGUGGAUUCUCAGCUUUGCUGACAAUGCCACUCGACACUAUCAAGACGCGAUUACAGGUUCUCGAAGGUGGUGUGGAAGGAAAUGGACGUGGGUCGCCUAGUUUGGGCGAAACGGUGAAGAAUUUGGUUAAAGAAGGCGGUCUCAGGGCUUGUUACAGAGGGCUUGGUCCUAGAUGGGCUUCAAUGUCCAUGUCUGCAACAACCAUGAUUACUACUUAUGAAUUCCUCAAGAGGCUUUCUGCUAAGAGCAAUCAAGACUGCUUAUGCCCAUCAUAGAGGAUCACUUUGUUCCAUUCUACAGGUAUGAUUAAGUUAAAAUUUCUGCUUAAUUAGUGAGUGAGUAAUGCAUAUGGUUAUUGUAGAUCUUGUAAAUAGUAACAAGACUGGUUUCAUUAUUGUUUUCACUAUUCCCACUUUGGGUUUUCAUGUCAGAUUGCUUGUAUCUUUGUAUUUUCUCAA